AGCCAUUUUUUGGCUCAAGCCGUUUUUAUCGAGCUCCUGCAGCUCAAGCAGGCAGGCCUUCGGGGGGGAGGCAGAUCGUCUGGGGACUCCCGGACGAAGACAGUCAGCAGAGUCGUAUAAAGAUGGCGGCCGUGGAAGCCAAGUGGGAUGUGAAGCAGAUGGAGUCCGGAGAUAAGGCGUGGUCGCAGCGGACUGGCCCAGAGAAGGUCCUCUUCGUGAUCAUCCAGGUGCUGAAGGUGGUGAUGGCGGUGGGGCUUCUCUACAUCUUCCUCAUCUCCCUGAGCAUGAUGGGCAACGCGUUCAAGGUCAUCGGAGGCCCCACCGCCGGGAAAGUCUUCCGGAACAACGCCAUCUUCGACAACCCGUUCGCGGGCUGCUCCCUCGGGAUCCUGGCGACGGUGCUAGUGCAGUCCUCGUCGACCAGCACCUCCAUCAUCAUCACGAUGACUGCGGCAGGCCUGAUCGAUCCCAAGAACGCCAUUUACAUGAUCAUGGGGGCGAACAUCGGCACAUCUGUCACCAAUACAAUCGUCAGCAUGUCCCACAUGGGCGACGUUGACCAGUACCGCCGGGCGUUCGCGGGCGCAACGGUGCACGACUGCUUCAAUCUGUUGACAGUGACCAUCCUGCUCCCGCUCGAAUACUUCACUCACAUGCUCUACCACAUCGGCAGCGCCCUCGUCGAGUCCGCCGGCAUCGAGGAGGACCAGGAAAAGCAGGAGAAGGUCGACUUCAUCAAGAAGCUCACGAAGCCGGUCACCUCUCGCCUGAUCUCUGUGGACAAGAAGUUGGUGACCAAGGUCGCGCAGGCAGACGACCAGGAGACGCUGGACGGCCUGCUGGCACAGUCGAUCAUCCAGAACAAACGUACCCUUGACAACCAUAUGUUCCUGGACACCCCCCUGAGCGACGAGAGGCCUGGGUGGCUGCUGCUGGUCAUCUCCCUGGUGAUGCUGUCCACCACGCUUAUCCUCCUGGUCAAACUGCUGCAGACGAUCUUCCGGGGCCGCGCCGCUAUUUGGAUGCAAGGGCUGCUGAAUUUGGAGUUCAAGACGGUGCCCUUUGUGGCCGACUACAUCCUCAUCCUCUUCGGUGUGGGCAUCACCAUCCUCAACGGGAGCAAUCUCGACAAGAUGUUCCCGUUCACCGUCCGUCGCGAACGUGGGCACCACUCGUCACGUGGCAUGCUGUCUUCGCUGUGCGGCUCGAACGUCGCGACGCUGACGGUUGCGUUUGCGCACCUGUGUCUUCACCUCAUCGGGAGGCUCAUUUGUUCCCGAUCCCUGCUGCGCGCCGUGCGCUCACAUGCCACUGCAUUGGGUAUCGUGGGCCGGCCGACGCUGCGCUGGUUUCCCUGUCGCCAGUACACUCGUCGUCGUCUUCGAUCAUUCCCGGCCCUGCUCCUGGGGCUGUCCCUGAUGCAUUGGGCGGCGCUCGUGUUCGUGGGCCUUCCGAUCCUGCUCCUGCUGAUCGCUGGGUCUUGCGUCUUCGGCAUGCGCGCCUACCACCCGGAGCGGCUGCCUGCGGUGCUCAAGAAGGACUUCUCGUUCAUGCCGCCCAGCAUGAAGAUGGCCACCGCGGACGGCGAGGGUCAGUCCGCCGCGGUGGAGGAGUCGAACAUCGGCAGUACCGACAUCGGUGGCGCGAGGCAGUGGUGGCUGGCGCCCUGUGCCUACGGGCUCGGCUGGUACUCGAUCCUGGUGAAGUUGAUCUUAGGUUGUCCGACAUGUCCUCACGCGUCCUUCGACUCCCGGGACCACGUCGGCAUCGGCGCCUGGAGCGCAUGCUCCGCCAUGUUCGCGGAGGAGGUGGGCUGGGCCCCGAGCCCUCUCACGGGCGCGGACCUCGAUGCGCACCUCGCGACGUGCAUGGCUGACCUCAGCUCCGCCUGCGCCGACCAGAGCGACUUCUCCACCGUCCUGGGCGCCAACACCGUCUAUGAGGAGUCGUGGCAGGGGUGCACGGACGCCACGACGGGUGACUGGCUGAGUGAGUGCGAGGCGCUGACUGGGUGUGGCGACCUGCAUGCGACGCAGUGCGCCAACGUGUCCGCCGCGGUCACCCGAACGUACAGCAUCGACUACAGCCAGUCUGGCACCAAGUGGGCCGCGGCCCCAGCGUCGUCCUGCAGCGCGGACGCCUUGCCGAAGGCCUGCUGCAUCCCGCUCGGCGACCUCUGCACGGACGUCGGCGGCCUGACGGCCGCGGGCGGCCUGAGCGUUGCCGGGAUCGUCUUCUCCCUUUUGGGGAUGGCGGCGAUGCUCGCGUACCUCGCCAGGGGGGACAAGCGGGACAUGCGCAAGGUACUCUGGGGCACCGCCGCCGCCUUCGGCGUGGCCUGGGUCCUCCUGCUCGCUGCGUGGACUAUCGGCCUGAGCGCGCUGGGGCAGGAGACGACGUGCUGGGUCCAGGACGACCAGAACGACGGCAUCGUGGCGGCCAAGGGCAAGCUCGGGGACAUCGGGAACGGCGUCGGCUACGGGCUCGGCUACAUCAUCGGGGGCUGGGUCCUGCUCAACCCGAUCCUCGCGAUCACGGCGCUCCGCAUCGUGGCCGACGUGAAGGCCGGCCCCCCGCAGAAGGAAGAGGCGAGCGAGGACGAUGCGGCCAAGGUCUCGACCAUCUGAGCACGUGACGGCGCGGAUGAUCCGUCGUGUGAUCCCGCCUCCACCAGCCCGCGCCUCUCUCUCUCUCUCUCUCUCUCUCUCUCUCUUUCUGGAGGAGUUGCCCUACUUCCAGCCCCCCAUGUUCACGCCCUGCCUGCUGUGCCAGGGAUUUUUGCACCCAGGAUGUCCGCAGGAUGUCUCAAUAGAUGGUGUCUUCUCAAGUCUCGAAAUUUGUCGUAACACUCAGCGCCCUCGCGCUGCCCCCCAGACACCGCAGGGGGGCGCUCGCGUGCCAUUUUUGCACCCGCAGCGCGACAGCGUCGCUCGCAGCCGCCCAGGCUAGGGAUGGAGGGGCUCCCCCGCAUCUGCAGGCCACGAGCCCAGAUCCUGGGGCGGAGCGGCGCUUGCACAAUACGGCAAUCGCUCGCCAUUCGAGACAAUGCAGUGACAAUACGACAAUACAAUGCACAAUACGACGGUCGCUUGUACAAUACGACAAUACAAUGGCGCUGUCGUAGUGAUGCGGGAGGCUUGGCCUGGUGCCGCACCCUCACACCGUGGCCGCCAAGCCAUGCCUCUCCAGCGCAAGUGUUUCAGUUUCGUGUUCGCGUUCGCCGUGCGCCCAAAGCGGCUGCGAUUCGCAACGAUCGAGCAAGUUAGGUAUCACGGCCCCUGGAGUGCGCUUGUACAGUGAUCUGCCAGGUCGCUGGCCUGCAGGAGGAGGACCAGCAGCUGCGCCCCCCCCCCCUGGCGUUUCCGCCGCCGUCGUCGCGGUGCCGCCGCUUCGUCGCCGCC